AUAAGAGUUACAAGUUGCCCAAGGUGCGCGAAGAGGCAUGAUGCGAGAAUUUGUUGUGAUCGGCAGUCAAGUCGGCUAAGUGAGAAAACGAUCGAAACUUGAGAUAUAGGCUUUACCAUGAGAUAGAAUGGAUUAAACUGACAAAAUUCUGUCGUUUGGUGACUGUCACACAAUGGGAGUGACGUGUGAUUCGCCAGAACAGCGAAAAACUUUAGAGUAUCAUUAGCUGUGGCGCGGAUUUUGAUUUGCUUUGUGAGAUUUGUUUUCAUCGAACCAUGUCAAACUUCAGACUGUCGCGCCUGUUGCCUAGAUUUCUUCGAGGUGACAAGGACAAAAACGCUGGAUUUACCAAAGAUGCUGGCGACAAAAAUUGCUGUAGGAUUUUAUUUCUGGAUGACACCGAGUUGAAAUUGCCACUCAAGGGCAGCUCCAAGGGAUACCAGCUCCUGGAGAAGGUGUUUGACCAUCUGAACCUGUUUGAGAAGGACUACUUUGGAGUCAGAUAUGUGGAUAAUCGGGGCCAAACUCACUGGCUAGAGGAGAGCAAGUCCAUCGCGUCACAACUCAAAGGCUGCAGCACACCCUACACAUUCUACUUUGGCGUCAAGUUCUACGCUGCCGACCCCUGCAAGUUGAAAGAAGAAAUUACCAGGUAUCUGUUUUUUCUGCAAGUCAAGCAAGACAUCUUACAGGGCAGGCUCCCUGUCACAUUUGAAGAAGCGGUGGAUCUUUGUGGAUAUGCUGUGCAAUCUGAGCUAGGUGACUACGACCCCAACCACUGUACACAUGGGUAUGUGUCAGAGUUCUGCUUCGUCCAGAACCAGACCGAGGACAUGGAGGGCCGAAUCAGUGCUAUACACAAGAGACUUGCUGGUCAUGUCCCGGCUGUGGUGGAGUACAAGUAUUUGGACAAGGUCAAGUGGCUGGAGAUGUAUGGCGUGGACCUCCAUCCAGUCCUGCGACUGUACAAGUCCAAACAGGGAGAAGGCAAUAUAGAGUACUUCCUCGGCUUGACGCCCACAGGAAUUGUUGUAUAUAAGAAUAAGUCAAAAAUAGGAAAUUAUUUCUGGCCAAGAAUAAUAAAGGUCACUUUCAAAGGAAAAAUAUUCAUCAUCAGGGUCAAAGACAAAAAUAGUGACGAACACACAUAUGCAUUUGAGCUUCCCACAAAGACAGGCUGCAAGCAUUUAUGGAAGUGCUGUGUUGAGCAUCAUGCAUUCUUUAGACUAAACCAGGUCGCAGAUCCUUUAUCUAGGGCAGGCAAAUUGUUUAGAUCCGGGUCAAAACAUCGACUCAGUGGUCGCACGGAGAGGCAAACACACAGGGACGACUACAGUCGGCAACAACCCAAUGUUCUGCGGAUACCAAGUAGACGACAACAACGGAGGAUACAGUCGGAGACGAGACUAAAUGCAGGUGGCAGCGGGGGCUAUGGUGUUGAAGGGGGCACAGUCCUCACUAUGGUGAAGCCGGAACCAGUGAAAGCUCCCCGACAUCGAAGCCUCCCGGAGCUACAGGGCAAGGAGUCCCCCACCAGUGUCCGGUCGGCCCCCUGGAAGACCAACUAUGAGGGUGGACUGUACACCUCGGGCAAAGACUCACCACUGUCCACCCGCAGCGAGCGCCACAUCUACAACCGGCAGGCCAGCGACAGUGAGAGUGCAGUCAGUCGCAGGAAGUACUUCCCCAACAAACGAGGAUCGGACAACGACAGCGAAGUGUCAGCACCUCGCAGGAGGAGACGGGAGAUCGACAGUGGCAGCGAGUCUGAUGUCUCCUACAGGAACGUCCUACAGAACCGCCGCAACCGUGUCUCCAACGACAGCAACAUUCAGGGUGGCCACAUACCAAUAUUAUAUCCGUUUGCUGACAAAGAAAAUCAUCCGAAUGGCUCAAUCCCAUCUCUACACUCGGCCCCCGGUGGAGAACAGAGGCAGAGGAGGCGAAGGAGACGUAGCAAGUCACCAGGUGGGAAGAGGCCUCCCGAGGAACUGAGGAAGUAUAUCGAAUACGGGCUGGUGGACACGCAGGGCAUGUCUGAAGAUCAGAUGCGCGAGAUCACGUACACAAAGAUAGAAACCAAAGCUGAACCUUUUAAGAUCAAAUACUCACCCAAGACCAGACAGAAGAUGCGGGCAGCGAGGAGAAAAAGCUUUGGGGAGUCUGACCGAAACUCCCAGGCCGGGCUAUCAGACAAGGGCAGUGUAACGCAGUACCAUUUGUCUGGCAGAGAGAAUACACAAAACAGACAUAGUGGUUACUAUGACAACUACUCAAAUUCUGAAAACAACAGUUCUCGGCAGCGGGACAGCUACGGCCAGGUGCAAUCUUCCCCAGUGGUUCACAUGCAGGACAUGCAGAUGGCGCCGGUCGUCAGGACCCGGAACUCUCACCCCGUCAACAUGGACGUGAGUCAGCACAGUCAACACAGCAGUCAUAGUCAACAGCCUCGCCACCACUACCACCGCGAGGAGCGCAGCAGUGUGUACCAGGAGGUGCACGAGACCUCAAGGAGCUCGCAUCACCAUCACAGCCAGCGGGACGGGUCCACAGUCAGCACCUUCAACCCAGAGCAGUACAACACACAGAGAUCUGAUCCUUACAAAGAGCAGCUUCAAAGAUGGCAGAAAACUUUAAUUCCCCCCAAGGAUAACAGAAUGUGGAACAAAUAUCAUAAUUACAAACGGUCUCGGGGGGCUGUUGAGGGGGACAGAUGGAGCUCUGGGGGCCGCUCCACGCACGCUCCCCAGGGCAGCGGACACCAUGCCUCGCAACAUAACACAUCUCAGCAGACCAGACACCAUCAGAAUAGCUUCCAGUCUUCACACAACUCUGGGUACCACCAUCUUCCCGAGGGCCCCACCCACACGGCCCCUCCCCUGGCACCAAACCCCUACCACCGGUCAUCCUACAAUGGCAGUGUCCAGUCCAACUCUCGAAGUCACAUAGAUCCGUCAAAACGUCUGUCAUCUGGGUCUCGCUAUGCUCCCCCGUCCCGUCCGUCACCGGCACCAAGUGACCAAUCAGGAAGCAGAAGCAUCAACAGCAGCAUGACCUCUGAAACUGUCUCGCAACACAUCCGACCACCAGGCUACACCUCGGAUCUGUGCACCGAGUUAUGAUAGGAGAUAGAAGAUGUAGAUUGUUACUGUGCUGGACCUGGGAGAGAGGCUUGUUGCCCAGCAACAGAUGGAGAGAGAGAGAGAUGACAUAUGGAAUAGCCAUCGUAUCUACCGGUAGUACAAUUUGCGGUCAUUGUAAUGGAAGACAUGGUCACCUAGAUGAGUGAAAAAUAAGCCCAAACCAGUACGUCAGCUUUUGUUUGGCUUCCACAUUGCGAGGUCAUUGGAGCAGAAGCCUUCAUAGAUUCAGGGUUAAACUGAGCUUGUGACCUUGCUGUCGACAUCUUACUGCCAUCAGUUGCUUGUAAGAAUGGAUAUCAAUGAAGAGUCAGUGUCAUCCUGCCUUACAAACUUUACCGAACUCUAGUCACUUCACUCUGGACCUGUUCUCUCGGUGUGCUGCUAGGCAACAAGAGGUGUGUGUAUGGAUGACUGUGCGUGAAUGGAUUUAAUGGAAGAGGAUCGGCACUCCCAGUUGUGAUGAUUGUCAUGACCUGGGUUUUCAUUGUACCUCUAGGAGUAUCUCCCCUUGUAGCUAACUCUCUGAGGACUGCUAGGUACGAACACUUUAUUCAAUGGAGAUAUUCAUCAUAAUCAUGUCUUGCACUGUAAGCAUGUCAAUCAAGGGGAGAUAAAUCUAGGCAUCGUGGGGAGCCUUGUUCGUGAAGCAGAUCCUGCUUCCUAUAUUAAAGUUGUUAAAUUUGCUGUCUACAAGGUGAUAUUGAUCGUGUCUCUACGUUCUUCUUCUGUAGACGUUGAUCAAACUGUAUCUAUGUUGAUGUGAUGUCAAAUGGGACGCCCAGUCAGAUCAACAUCAACAUCAACAUCAGGAUCAGGAUCAGGGUUAUAUCAGGUCUCUGGACAGAUCUGAUCCGUAUCAGGGCGGGUAUUAAUCAGUAUCAUACUAAUAUCAAACCCUUAAGGGUGCAAAGAUACAGUUUCAGAUGUCAAUACUGAGUUUUUAUGAUAUCAGUAAAUAUAAAUUUUCAUAUAUAAUGGUAUGUAUCAUAUCGCAAACUUCAAUAAUAAUGUGCAUUCUGCCACAACUGUAUAGUUGCACCCUCAAAGGUCAUGUGCACCCUUUCACAUCGCAUGCCCUGCAUGUGGUGUUCUGACUCCCAACAGUUUGUGAAUGUCCGACUCAUGGUAUCUGAUAAAAGAUUAACUUGUGUAAGAGCUUUUCAAAUCUUCUUUACUUAUAGCCGAGAGCCAUCUAUUCUUCCAUCUCCCAGAGAAGUGCAUGUAUUCGCCAUGCCCUGUUUUCUCGGAGGUGGACAGUAGUCAACUGUAGCAGCUGUGCCAUUGUAGUCCUGAAUGGAGGAUUAAUACUCGGUUGUGCUUGCCUCACAACUACUUACUGAAUCUGGUGUACACAGUGUAUGUAAUUUAUUCAAGCAUGUAUUUAUGUCUUCCUCUGUAUUGGAGCAUAUUCACCAGCUGAAGGUCGUGUUAGACUAGUGCUGCGAGACCAACUCACAUUCCAGCGUUCUUGCGAGGGAACCAAGGUUCCGCCAUCUUGGUUUCCGGGCAGUAGUGUAUCUGGGAGAUCCCCAGGCGUGUCGGAGGUCAAGACGGCCAUGCCACGUGUAAAUGUGGAUGUUUUAUGCUGCCGGGGAACAGUUUCAAAUAUUUCUGUCAGAAUUGCUCAGUAUGGAGGAUAGUAAAAGAUUUGUUUGAAUUUUCCCUGAAGAGAUUAAUAUCAUAUUGGACAGGAAAAUGUUUGCAAAUGAUAUCAGGCAAAUGAUGUCAAUUUGAAAUAUUCUAAAAUAUGUUAUCGUAUUAGAGAUUGUCAUAUUUAGUCAUUAGCGAAACUGUAAUUUACAUAUUUGUAAGUGUCAUGUACUAAACCAUACAAGGUAGAUUUGAGGAAUGUUUUCAAUAAAAACAAAACGUCAACAGUUCUGACAGUGAAUGAGUGAGUGAAUAUUUGUGCCCCACUUUUAACAGUGUUACAGCCAUAUAACAUGACUGUGACAUGUCAGUUAUCACACAGCUAACCCUUACUGGGAACCAAACAUGCUCAGUUUAGUGCACGACCAACAGGGUUUGUAAGGAUGGAUGAGAAUGUCUGAUGUCGGCCAUCGUGAUUCCUGGUCAGCAGGACAAGCUUCCUGUAUUUCAGCAUCAAGUCAGUCAGUAUUUGUAAUAUUUGAUAGGCAAUAUUUAUUUCACCACCCAAUAUUUGUAUAUUUGCAAGGUAAUGUCAUGUUGAACAGUAGAAAUGAAAUGAUAUAUAGAGAUUUAACCACCACUAAUUGUUACAAUGUGUCCAGGUAGGUUACUGCUGUUGUCCCAGCCAUCUGUUCCCAGCAUGGAUGUGCAUAUCUGCAUCAAGUGUCUAGUUUGAAGCAUACAGUUGUGUGGGCAAUGGUAUUGUCUGAGCACUUGGAAGCCACCAAUACACUCUCAUUGUUGCCGUUUUGAUGUUACAUUUAAUUAUAAUUCCGAUCAGUUGUAAUGUUGAUCAGACAAACUACAGUAAACUAUGGGUACAACGAACUCAAAGGGAGCACUAAUUCUAGUUCGACAUAACCGUAGUUCGUUAUAAGCAUGUAUUCAGCAUAUAUACAGCAAAUUGCCAGGACCUAAACAAAACACAGUUUGAUAUGCCCGUCGGUUCGUUAUAAGCAUGCUCGUUGUAAACAUAGCUUACUGUAGAUAGAUUGACCAAACAGCUGAUGAUGAUGUGAUGCAGUUAUUGAUGUGUUGAUGCAGUCCAUGAUAACACUUUAGACAUGGACUGUUACAUGCAGGAUAAGUGCCCCACUGAAUUGUACCAAUGGCUGAAAAGUUGCGUCUUGGAUUACCUUAGCAAUAUGGCAAAAAUGGACAUGUCCUCAUGGACUCUUACAGGUUUUGUGGACCUUUCUUCACCAUUUUUUAAAACACAGAACUGUAGAAAAGGACAAAUCAAUUGAAAAGUCAAAAGGUCUUCUUGCUAUUUCAGUGCCUGUGGUUCCAAUAUAAACAUUUGCUUUUUCAUUUUUCAAAUUUCUUUUCCUAAAAAAAUGUGGAAGUCUAAAAGAAUAAGUGUCAUAUUUACUAUUAUUUUAAAAAUCUGGAUUCUUAUAAAGAGAUUCAUUGUUCCCUAUGGGCAACCUCAGGUCAACAUUGAGAGUGUAUUCAUCUAGUAGCACUUCCACCCAUUCACCAGCCUAGAGCAAGUUACACAUUGUGUGUAGAGUACCCAUCAUGCAUCUGGUGCUGCUGCAGUACAGCAGUUACCUCCCCUGUGUGAUACCAUGUUAUACACUGGAUGUCGUUGAUAGAAGAACGUCACUUCUUGUUUUACAGGAACAAGCUUUUAUUAGCAUUGUCCAGGAACAUCAUGUUUGUUUUCCGUGAUGUUGAUGUCAAAUGUUGCCAUCUUCAGCUGUUAUUACCGAUUUUAUAAAUAAAAAGUUAUUCUGUGAAAACAAA